ACACACAGAGCAACCAUCCAAAGAAGAGAGCAAGAGAGUAAAAAAAAAAAGAAAAGAAAAAAAGAGAGAGAGAAGAUAUCAUGGCCAUGAUCACGGAGGAGCUGAGGGCCAAGGCAGAAGUGUACCACGGAGAUGAGAUCUGCCAAGAGAAAUCCAAGUUCUUGCUUCAAGAAGUAGGAUUGCCAAGGGGCCUCCUCCCGCUGAAGGACAUCAUAGAGGUUGGGUAUGUGGAGGAGACUGGGUUUGUGUGGCUCAAACAGAAGAAGAAGAUUGAGCACUGCUUUGAAAAGAUUGGGAAGCUCGUCACGUAUGCCCCUGAGAUCACUGCCUACGUGGAGAAGUGCAAGAUCAAGAAGCUGACGGGGGUGAAGACCAAGGAGCUCCUGAUUUGGGUCUCACUGGUCGAGCUAUCGGUCGAGGAUCCCCCCACUGGAAAGCUCACCGGGAAGAUCUCAUCUGGACUGUACCGGACUUUUCCGACCUCAGCAUUUGAGCUCGAGGAGGACUUGAAGAAGAUGGAGGAGAAGCCUGAGGUUGAGGAGAAGGAGAAGGAGAAGGAGAAGGCAGUGGUUUCCUCAGCCAAAGCUUAGACGGUAGAAGGUGAUACAACCUUUUUGUGUCUUGAGUUUGGAAAGCAAAUAAGAUUUUCAGAUGAUUACGCUAUAGUCUUGUUCAGGGCAAUUUCUGCAUUGGUCUUUUAUUAUGUUAACGUCUAUCUUUACAUUUGGCCGUUGUUGCCGGAUUAUGUAAUGCUUCUUCCUUUCCCAUCAAUGAUAAGUUGAAUAAAUGUAGUCCUGCUCGUAAUUGCUUAUC